AUGUCAAGUAAAUCAGAGGAGUGCUAUAGAGCAUUGUUUCAAAAUUUAAUCAACUUUGGUGAUGAACAUAACAUUGAUCUACAACCACAGUAUGUAUUAACAGACUUUGAAAAAGCUUCAAUCAAUGCAGUUCAUAUAGAAUUACAUGGUGUCCAAAAUAAAGGCUGCCAUUUUCAUUUGUCCCAAAGUGUAUAUUGUAAAGUGCAAGCAUUUGGCCUUGCUUCUCAAUAUGCAAGUGACGAAAAUAUUAGUUUAUUUGUUAGACAUAUCCCAGCACUUGCAUUUUUGCCUUGUGAUAAUAUUCCAGCUGCAUUUGAUGAAUUAAGGAGUAACAUGCCACCAGACAUGCAACCAGAAGUCAAUGAACUUUUGGAUUGGUUUGAGAUUUAUUAUGUCCAUGGAAAGGUGAUUCGUAGAUUAAGAAAUGGAAAUGUGGUUCGUUCCGAGCCAUUAUUUCCACCAUCUUUAUGGUCAGUCACUGAAAAUAUAGAAUAUACAUUUCCAAGAACACAGAAUUCAGUAGAGGCAUGGCAUAGGAGAUGGGAGACAUUGGUGGGUCGUGCACAUGUGGGAUUAUUUAAAAUCAUAAAGGAGUUGCAAAGUGAGCAGCAUCAAAUUGAGAUUAAGGUUGAGUCAAUUCUUCGAGGAAAUCCACGACCUAAGCAAAAAAAACAUGAUAGGGAACAUGAAAACAGAAUCCAGGUGGUUUAUAAUGAUCAGGAAAAUAGACCAUUAUUAGACUUUCUUUGA